UUUUCUGUGAGAGCGGGAGAGCGUGGCGGGCUGGUGAGAGUUGGCUGGGCGACUGAGCGACGUAAACGUUGAGGCGGCGAGGUGGUGACUGGUGAGAGAGGACUGUAAAGGCUCACUAGAUACCUACACCUCGCUGCCCUAACAGUAACAGCAGGGAGGAGUGGAUUAGUGUGGUGGUGGCAGUGUAACUCUGUGAUGUUAAUGGACACCUCCACAAUCAUCAUCGAGACUGAUGACCUUCAGUAUGAGGAGGAGCUACUGCGUAACCCUUUCUCCGUUAAGCACUGGCUGCGUUACACAGAACACAAGAAGGAUGCUCCACCUGACAAAGUUAACAAGGUGUAUGAGAGAGCCUUGCUGCAGAUGCCAGGAAGCUACAAACUAUGGCAUCAGUAUUUGAGGCUGAGGAUGCAGCAGGUGAAGGGCCGCUGCAUCACUGACCCGGAGUAUGAGAGCGUCAACAACACCUUUGAGCGUGCGCUGGUCUUCAUGCAUAAAAUGCCUCGAAUCUGGAUCGACUACUGCCAGUUCCUGAUGAACCAGCGCAAGAUUACUAGGACCAGGAAGACAUUUGACCGUGCUCUGUGUGCGCUGCCCAUCACCCAACACAACCGCAUCUGGCCACUCUACCUUAAGUUUGUCAUGGCCUACAGCAUUCCGGAAACAGCUGUGCGUGUGUGGAGGAGAUACCUAAAGCUGUGCCCUGAGGAUACCGAGGACUGCAUCAGCUACCUCAUCUCCAUUGGACGGCUGGAGGCGGCGGCCAAGAAGUAUGAGUGGUGCGUCAACACAGACACCUUCACCUCUAAGUAUGGCAAGUCCAAGCACCAGCUGUGGUCUGAGCUGUGUGAACUCAUCUCCAAGAACCCACAGGAAACAAGCUUGAAGAAUGCAGAGGCCAUCAUCCGCCACGGCCUGCAGAGGUACACAGACCAGGUUGGAAUGCUGUGGAACUCCCUGGCCGAGUAUUACAUUAUCAGUGCACUGUUUGAGAGGGCCAGGGAUGUGUACGAGGAAGCUCUACGCAGUGUGAUGACUGUCCGGGACUUCACACAAGUGUUUGAUUCAUACGCUCAGUUUGAGGAGCUGAUGCUGAAGCGGCGCAUGGAGGAGGUGGGGCCAGAUGCAGUCCUAGAGGAUGAGACAGACAUAGAGCUCAGGCUGGCACGCUAUGAGGACCUGAUACAGAGACGACCCUUGUUGCUGAACUCAGUCAUGCUGCGGCAGAACCCCCACAAUGUGCUGGAGUGGCAAAAGAGAGUGACUCUUUAUGAAGGGCAGCCUAAGAUGAUUGUGACAACAUACAUGGAGGCGGUGAAGACCAUAGACCCCAAGCAGGCCACUGGGAAGCUGUACUCCUUGUGGGUCAACUUUGCUAAAUUCUACGAAGAAAAUGGGCAGAUUGUGGACGCCCGGAUCAUCUUCCAGCGCGCCACGGAGGUUGCCUACGUUAGGGUGGAUGACCUGGCCAGUGUGUGGUGCGAGUGGGCUGAGAUGGAGAUACGACAUGACAAUGAGGAGGAAGCACUCAAGCUGAUGAAGCGAGCGACAGCACCACCGCCACAGAAGGUUGCUUACAAUGAUGAGAGUGAGCCAGUGCAGCGUCGCGUGUACAAAUCCCUCAAGUUGUGGUCCAUGUACGCUGACCUGGAGGAGAGCCUUGGCACCUUCAAGUCCUGCAAGGCUGUAUACGACCGCAUUAUUGACCUGCGCAUCGCCACUCCGCAGAUUAUUAUUAACUAUGGCAUGUUUCUUCAGGAGAGCAAUUACUUUGAAGAAGCCUUUAAAGCGUAUGAGAAGGGGAUUUCCUUGUUCAAGUGGCCGUAUGUGUAUGACAUCUGGAACACUUACCUCACCAAGUUCCUGCAGAGGUAUCAAGGCACCAAGAUAGAGAGAGCAAGGGACCUAUUUGAGCAGUGCCUUGAAAAGUGUCCGCCAAGCUACGCCAAGAACCUGUACCUGCUGUAUGCCAAGAUGGAGGAGGAGCAUGGGCUGGCCAGACACGCCAUGCAGGUGUAUAGCCGCGCCACCAAGGCUGUGCCACCGGAGGAGAAGCUUGCCAUCUACAACAUCUACCUGCAGCAUGCGCAGCAGAUAUAUGGCAUCACCAAAACCAGGGAGAUCUACCAGGAAGCCAUUCAGGACCUGCCUGACGAGGGGGCGCGGGAGAUGUGCCUGCGCUUUGCCGACAUGGAGAGGAAGCUUGGUGAGAUUGACCGUGCCAGGGAGAUCUACACGUACUGCAGCCAGAUCUGUGACCCGCGCCUCACGCAGGAAUUCUGGGCACGCUGGACGGACUUCGAGGUGGCACAUGGAAAUGAAGACACCAUGAAGGAGCUUCUGAGGAUAAAACGGUCCAUGCAGGCCAAGUACAACACACAGGUCAACAUGAUGUCAGCUCAGAUGCUGGCCUCGGCUGACACUGUGGCCGGGACGGUGUCAGACUUGGCUCCGGGUGCAAAGGACGGCAUGCGCAUGUUGGAGGCACGUGCAGUGGCCAUGAACCACCUGGAGGAGCCACCCACCAGCACCUCUGCCCCGGCACCCCAUGCUGCUGCCGGGGGUGGUGGUUCCAAAAUCAUGUUUGUGCGAGGCUCCACCACCAAGAGGGAGGAGGAGGUCGCCGAUGCCGCCCGCACUGCCAACCCAGACGAGAUUGACAUUGAUGAUGAAGACGACGAUGAUGAGGAGGAGGAAGAUGAUAUGCCACAGACGAGGGAAAUUCCAUCUUCAGUGUUUGGUCAGCUGAAAAAAGAUGCAGAUCAAAGUUAAAAUCUCAGAUCCUCAACAACAGUGUAUAUUUUUAAUAACUCCAACUGUAUAUUUAUACAUGAAUAAUUUAACAUAAUUUUGUGAUCAACUUCUACAUUUGCAAUAAAAUUUUUUAUGAUUA